UUGAAGAUGAUGCCGCUAUCAGCACCAGUUCUUGGUGGAUACGUUCCCAAAUGAACGGAAGAGCGUUCCAUACGUCUCUUCGACUCGUUCGGGUGACAUUUUUUCUAGCGAGCACGACGUCUUUUCGGGCCUGGACCUCAGAUAUCUCUUACCACUCAACCGAGAACGUGCCACUUCCCAAAGAAGGUAUGGCAGACGGGGAAAGUAGAUUCUAUAGGAUCUGAGGAACGAGAUCGGACCACGGGGAGAACUUGACCCAGGUGAGUCAAUUGCGCAGAUAUGAGGUCCUGACCGACCCAAAUGACCUCUAUUACGUCGAGACACACCUUGGCCAGAUGGGGUUUGAUCGACCUUGUCGUGGAAGCGCUCAGAUCGAUGGGCAAGUUCAUUCAUAGUCGAUACAACGAAAAGGAUGUUGUCAUGGUCAUCAGCGUUGAAGUUGAUCAACAAGAGUUCCAAAACCACACGAUACUGGAGAGAAACUGCCACUCCUUCUUCCAAUGGAGAUCUAGCUAAACAAGACUCACAGUCAUAUUGAACUCAUUGACAAUAUUAUGAAUUGGCUUUCUGAUGUUGCCAACAAGCAAGGAAUCUCGAUUGCAGAGAUCGAGCUUGACUUUGAUGAAGCAAUUAGUUAG